UCCGUCCGGCCGUUUGCCCAGCCGGACCCUCGCUGAUGAUCACUUGAAACAACACUCUUUCUCCCCAUCGCCAUGGCCAUGGAGAAGAACCAAGAUUCCAAAGUGAUCAUGGGCCGGUACAAGCUGGGCCGUCUUCUAGGCCGCGGCACCUUCGCCAAGGUUUACAAGGCCCAUAACAUCUCCACCGGCGAGGUCGUGGCCAUCAAGGUGUUCGACAAGGAAGCCGUGCGCCGGUCCGGCACGGUGGACCAGGUGAGGCGCGAGGUGGACGUGAUGAGGCGGCUGCACCACCCAAACGUCGUCCGCCUCCACGAGGUGAUGGCCACGCGCUCCAGGAUCUACUUCGUCAUGGAGUACGCGAGCGGCGGCGAGCUCUUCGCUCGCCUCGCCGAGAGCACGCGCUUCCCGGAGCCGGUCGCUCGCCGCUACUUUCAGCAGCUGAUCACGGCCGUCGAGUUCUGCCAUAGCCGUGGCGUGUACCACCGUGACCUCAAGCCCGAGAACCUCCUCCUUGACGCGCACGGCAACCUUAAGGUCUCCGACUUCGGGCUCAGCGCGCUCGCGGACGGCGCCUCCCGCCAUCGCGGUGACGCCCUCUUGCACACGACGUGCGGCACGCCGGCGUACGUCGCUCCCGAGGUGAUCCUGAAGCGUGGCUAUGACGGCGCAAAGGCGGACAUCUGGUCGUGCGGCGUGAUCCUCUUUGUGCUCCUGGCAGGCCGCCUCCCUUUCCACGACACCAACCUCGUGCUCCUGUACAAGCGGAUCGCACGGAGCGACUACCAGUGCCCCGCAUGGUUCUCCAUCGACGCGCGCAAGCUCCUUGCCCGGCUGCUCGACCCGAACCCCAAUACCCGGAUCACCAUCACCAAGCUCAUGGCCCGGACCUGGUUCCAGAAAGACUCCUGCCCCCUCAGCGACAAGCCCCUCGACACAAGCGAAACGGCGGUGUUCCUCGGCCAGGAAGCCGGGGGACAUCACGACGACGACCAACCGGAGGGUGCCACCCGGAAGAGGAAGAGAUCCAAGGUGACCGCGUCGUCGCCAACCAUCAACGUGAGGCCAUCGAGCAUGAACGCCUUCGACAUCAUCUCGCGGUCGAGCGUGCUGGACCUGGCCAAGAUGUUCGACGCGGAGCACAAGACGUCGGAGGCCCGGUUCUCCAGCAAGGAGACCACGACGGUGAUCGUGUCCAAGCUGGGGAAGAUCGCGGAGGCGGGGAGGUUCAGCUUUAAGCUGAACAAGGAGAAGGGGAGAGUGGAGCUGGAGGGGAGCCAGGACGGCCGGAAAAGGGCGCUGGCCCUGGAGGCGGAGAUCUUCGAGGUGGCGCCGUCGGUGCACGUGGUGGAGAUGAGGAAGACGGGCGGCGACUCGCUGGAGUUCCAGGACUUCUACAAGCAGGAGCUCAAGCCGUCGCUGGGCGAUAUCGUGUGGGCGUGGCAGGGAGGUGACUCGCCGCCACCAACGCUCACGACGGCGGUGCCUAGGUCAAACACGAAUUCCUGAGUUCAUUCACCAACCGCUUGGCAUUUCAUGCGUGGGACGAGGAUCCUUUGCUUCCGCCGUGACCCUCUUGUGUAACUGAUCUGGCCUCUGCCUUGAUCGGACGA